UCUACACAUUAUAUAUAAUCUGCAGUGCUCAGGCAUUCAUCAUUUAGUUUUAAUCCGUAAACCACAUCAGAUCAAAAUGUUCAAAACUAUUUGUAUACUUACACUGACGCUAACCAGUGUCAUUAGUGUCCCAGUGGAAUCACCAACUGAUUCUAAAGGUUUAAAUCGACCUUCACCAAUCAACCCAGAUGUAAUAAGUGAUCCAAAACCACAAGAUGUAUCCACCAGUGUACCACCAAGUUCACCGGACGCAGGAAGCCAUAUUCAAAAAAUUCCAGCCAAGGGAGAAAAGCUAAGCUCCGAAUUGGACCAGCAUAAACAGACACACAAGAGAGAAACAACAUCCGAGAAUGCCGUAUCCAAACCAGCUUUCAGACGAGAUCAAGCUACUAGUACAUCUACUGUUGCUCCCAAACAUUCAGUCACUACGACCCAUGAACCUGUAUCUCUUAAAACUCCCGUCGUUCACUCAUCGAACACAAAAGUAAAACGCGAGGUCGAAUCUUCUAAUGCAACAACAACAACCCGUGCUCCAGUAAUUAGUAGUAGCAACGAUGACAACGAUAACAGUGCCCCACACUUUGUUCGACCAGUUCCUGUGGAGCAGAUUCUGAAAAACAUUCACGAUGCACCGAAGCACCAUGAACAUUCACAGGUAGUUUCACUACAUGAUCAUGAGACCGAGCACGUGACACCAUCUAUCCCAACUACCGCCAGCCCGAAUGGCGAUGAAACCAAAACCGUGGAUGAUCACAAGGUACAUCGUGUUUCGCUACAUAAGAAAAAUAAUUCUGAUAAUAGCAAGUCUUCUGAAGAAGACAAGUCCUCUGAAGAGGGCAACAAAGAUCAGUGAUUCAAAUAACGUACUGAAAAUGUGAUAUAUUGA